AUGUUCAACACACUUCCUGACCCAUUUGCUGAUCCAAAAGUCGUAGAAUCCUACAGGAUCCAUGGUAGAACAGGAUUCCCGAGAGAUCAUGUCACCCCUUCCAUAAUCCUAAUGAUGUAUAACUCUCCAGAAGUUACCUCAGCCACAAUAUGUGAGGUGCGACAUGCCGUGCCUACUCCGUAUUACCGUGUGCACAUGGGCAAAAACCGUUUCUGCUGCCGCGGACGUGGAGUUCAUUCUCGCGAAAUGUCCGUAUUUUAUUUGAGCCUUUUUCUAAUAAUCGUCGUUACCGCCUUGUUCUUCGCGUUCGAAGUGCGUAUGCUUACUCCGGUUCUCUCCCCUGCUCUGCCGCUUUUUGCGGUCGUUCUGUUUCUCUACGUCCUUCUCACGUUUCUGCGUACCGCAUUCACCGAUCCGGGUAUUAUUCCACGAGCGACCGAAGCCGAAGCCGAAUGGAUAAAGAUCUCCAUAGCGACGGGAGAUUUCCAGGUCGACGGAACGGGCAAUUUCCCUCUCAAUGAUAGUGCGAAUUCGGUUGUUCGAAGUUAUGCGCCCGGUGCUCGCACUCGUCAAGUGCUGAUCCGUGAUCAUUUGAUGCGGUUGAAUUUUUGCCAUAGUUGUCGGUUCUUCCGUCCUCCUCGAGCUUCUCAUUGUUCCACUUGUGACAAUUGUAUCGGUUUGAUCAUCACUGUCCUUGGGUCGGAAACUGUAUUGGGCGCAGAAACUACCGCUUCUUUGUCCUGUUUAUCUACUCCCUAUCCUUGUAUUCUGUCUACAUACUUGUGUUUGCUGUCGUCAAUCUUGUACUGUAUACUUGUAACAUUUUUUACUAUUCUAACCGUCUUUGGACUCUCUGGUUACCACACAAUGUUGGUCUGUCGUGAAUUAUCCACCCACGAAGACAUACGGCAUUUCCCGCGCAUUCUUCGCCAAGCUGGUCACAGGAAUCCGUUUUCACGAAAGAACGGGUGCUUGAAUUUUGUCUACAUCUUGUUUGGCCCUCUUCAACCGAGUCUCUUGCGUGGAUGGAAGAUAGCGGAUGAACAAUCCUGGCCAGUCGGUGCUCGAGGAUCGUUGACUGGUCCAUCAAGCAUGAACGAACUGCUGUUCCGACCUUCAAUUACAAACUACGUCGUGGAUCUUGACCAACCCCUAUCGAUACCAGUGAACAUCGAGCAGACAACUCGCCCUGGGCCUGAUGGAUGUGCGCCGAAUAAUCGAGAGCAAACUACUCUAUAAUGUCAUUGCGUGUAUAAACACCACGCUUAUUCAACCUCGGCCACCUUAUCCCACCUUACCUCGACUUAUGUUUGCACGAACCCUCGCCAGUUUUGCCUUCCUGUGUCCAUCUUUAGCCCGGAAAAUAUUCGCUUUUUCUAUUUGACUCCCACCUCUAUGAAUAUUCUUUCUUUCGUUGCCAUUCUUUUGUAUCCCGGGUUAUACCACUUACUGCAUAUGGAAUUUCUGCUUGAGCCAGCUAUUUCCUGUCUCCAAAUCUUAUUUUCUUCAUAUUAUUCGUCCUUCACGCUGCCUGUUUCAAUUUACCUAUCUGCAGAUGUCUGACCUGUUUUCUAUGAUGCUUUCUUAUUUUUCUAUGUAUCCUAUGCCAUUCAAAGCGACGUCCACGGAAUAUUGUCACCUAACUGUACCAGUCUCCGUUACUCAGCAAUGUGUUUAUUUUUACCUUCACUGUAACAAUCGAUAAAACGUGAUUUAGGUACCGUUUUGCUGUGACGAUCGGUUCCAUUAGUAGAAACUUUGAUUUUACAAUUUUCACGUUGACCGGUACAACCAGAUGUAAUUUCAGCUCUGUUACUUUUUUGUAUCCCAUGAGUUCGGACAAACUGUCACUGCAGCCUAUUACUGAAUCUGUCUUCAUAUCAGUAGAAACUUCAAAACUUGAUG